AUGCAAUCCAAUUUGCCUUUAAAUUGUUCUUUGGAAAAUAAGUUGGAAAACCUAAAUUUAUGUGGAAACUCAUUCGGAUAUGGCCAUAAUUCUUCUUCGCAAUAUAAAUUAAGGGAUAAGACUGGAUAUCCCCCAGACACACCUCAAAAGUAUGUCAAUGACAUGAAAACAGCAAGACACAACACAAGAGCGAUGUUGUUUGAUUCUGAAAGAGGCCCUUUGAGCCCGAAAGCUACUGAAAAUAAUUAUUGCAGAGCAAGUCCUAGCCCUAUGGUUAACAGACCAAGUACAGUUUUUAGCCCAGUCGGUGGACCUUCAAGUUCAUUUGAAAAAAUUCGUCAAGAUCUUCUCCAAUCAGGCCAUUUGUUUUGCGAUUCUGCUUUUCCAGCUGAUGACUCAAGUCUUUAUUACAGUCAAAGACCACCAUGUCAAAUUGUCUGGAUGCGUCCAAGUGAAAUAGUUGCUGCGAACAGCGGAGGUGGUUCCAUGGGUAUAACCCCAAGAAAGAUAUCAACACCAGAAUUCAUUGGUGAAGGUGGAAUCAAACUCGGCGAACUGAGACAGGGAGAAUUAGGAGAUUGUUGGGUAGUUGCUGCAUUGGCUGCUAUAGCCGGCCAACCGAGUCUUCUUAGUCGUACUAUUCCUACUGGACAGUCAUUUCGAGUAGAAUGGUAUGCUGGCAUAUUUGCCUUUCGAUUCUGGCGUUUUGGGCGUUGGGAAGAAGUUUAUAUUGAUGAUCGUCUUCCAGUUAAAUCUGGUGGUCAACCGUUGUUUGUACAUUCUGGACGUUUAACAGAAUUUUGGCCAACGUUAUUGGAAAAAGCUUACGCAAAACUAAAUGGGUCAUAUGAAGCUUUGAAUGUUGGACUUGUCGGAGAUGCAAUGGAUGAUCUGACUGGUGGUUUAACAGAAUCAUAUACACUUCCAGGGGCAGAAGACCACGGACUUCAACCUCCAUCCGACUUAGACGAUAUAUUAAUAAAAUCGUUUGAUCGUCGAAGCUUGAUUACAGCUCGCAUAAAGACUAAAGGAGUACCUGGUCCAGGUUUUGUAAUACCGGUAGGAUUUGUACCUGGUCAAGCGUUUGGUUUAACAGAUUGUCGAAAGCUUCGAUUGACGGAUGCAUCAGGAAGUCGUUUACUCCGUUUAGUUCGCUUAAGAAAUUUAUGGCCUUCAGUUCGUGUGGACUGGACAGGUGCAUGGUCAGAGGGUUCAACAGAAUGGCUUAGCCUUCCACCACAAGACCGUUUAAAAGUUGGCUUGGUGAAAGCUCAAGAAGAGUUUUGGAUGUCCCUUGAAGAUUUUAUUGCCAAUUUUGACUAUUUGGAUAUUUGUCAUCUAACAGAGCCACCUCCAGUAAUUUCUAAAUCCUCUAGUGCUUAUCAUUCGUUACAUAAUUUCCCAUCAGUUCACUUACGUGGUCGAUGGCUUCGAGGUGUGUCAUGUGGAGGUCGACCAUACAUCCGUGCAAGUCACUGGGCGAAUCCUCAAUUUCGACUGGUAAUUAAUUCACCUGAUCCAAAUGAUCUUGAUGGGUUCGCUACAACCGUAAUUGCUUUAAUGCAAGCUGAUCGUCGUCGUCUACGUCAUCGUGCUCCUCGACUCGCAUCUAUUGGAUUUGUUUUAUAUCGGCUUCCAGCUGGUGCUAAUCCACCAAUGCCACGUGGAUUUUUUGAAACUAAUCAUCAUAUAGCUAGUGUGGAUUUUUUCUUCGAUUCUAGAGAAGUUGUUAAACGGUUAAAAUUAACACCAGGUCAUUAUCUUCUUGUUCCAUGUACAUAUGCAGCUGAUCAACCAGGUGAAUUUUUAUUACGUUUAUUAUUUGACAAUCCGGAUAGAAUUUGCGAAUCCACUUUGGAACGCGUAGAACUUAGUGGUUUAGCUGCAACUGGACCAGAGCUUGAUCCAAACUAUGAAUUAUUUCAGCCACGUCUUAGACGAUUAUUUUAUGAAGCUUCAGGUGAAUCGAUGGCUGUUGAUGCGUUUCAGUUGGAACCAAUACUUAAUUGCCUUUUGCGAGAUGAUCAUCGGGCACCAUACAGUAUGGUUAGUACAGAUGCUUGUCGAUCUCUGGUAGCCCUUCUUGAUCGUGAUGGGACAGGACGUUUGUGUGAAUCAGAUUUUCGACGAGUCUGGGAUAUUCUACGAUCAUGGUCUCGCCUGUUUGCAAGUUUUGAUCCACAGAGAACUGCUCAUGUAACGAGUUUGGACUUUCGAAUUAUUGUUGAACAAGCGGGUUAUACUCUUCCACACACACUAUUUUCUAAACUUGUGAACCGAUUUGUUAAUGUAGAUUGGCGUCUUGAUUAUCCGCAUUUCAUCAGCGCUAUGUCACUUAUAACAAAAGCAGUUGCAAUUUUUAAGAAUUUUGAUCAUGGUGGACGAGCUGUUCUACCCUUGGAACAAUUUGUCGAAAUCGCAAUGACAAUGUAAUUUGAAAUGGAAUAAACGAAAAGUAAUUCAUUCUUCCUCACUUUAUGUUUUUAUAUUCCUUGUAAAAAAAGAAUUCACUACUUCAGUAAUAUAUAAUCUAUUUUAAUAAAUCAGAUAACUUAUCGGUAUAUACUUCAAUAUUGAUAUUGUUAUAAUAAUAAUAAUAAUAAUAAAUUUUUUUCUGAUUAUAAUUUCCACAAUCUUUGGUUAUUUUGUACACAAAAUCCUAUUAUUUUUAUGUUUCUAACUGAUAUCUAUACAAAGAGAGGGAGUGAGCAAAAGAGAGGUGUUAUGCUUUUUAACUACCAUUAUUCCGAUUGGAUUAACAACCUAUUCAUCGAUUUGAUCACUUCAAAUUAUUUAUUUACAUUUUAUUUAUCUCAUUUCAAUUUCACCAAUCCAUAUCUUACAACUCCUCCUCUCUUAAUACGAUAGUUAUUUAAAUAUACAGACAGUCAAGACUACUGCUGCCACUUCUACAACUACUGAUUUUGUUAUAUCAUUGGAAAGAGUUUAUCAUAAUUAUGGCAGGUAGAAUGUGCAGAUCAUGGCAAGUGAUAAUCGUUAUCAUAAUUAUGGACAAAUGUUUCUUUUAUACACAUUUAUUCGUAUAUUCAUUCGAGCUGCUGUGAGAAAAAACAAAUAACAGAAUUAAAACCACUUAUUUUUUAAUUAUUAUUAUUAUUAUUUGCUACUUAAAAAUUCAACUUAAUUUUUUCUCGUUAUGACUAACAUAUUAGUAAUCAAGUUCAUAAAGUAUAUAGUUUUAUUGUUUUAUUGACUGUUCUACUAACAGUGCUGUUAUAACUGCUAAGAUAACUAAUUAUGGUAAUCAUGAGUAUUAUUAGUGCAUAAUUAAAAUGAUAAUAUUUGAUUUAUUCCAAAAAGGUUUAGCAACUCUUACUCUCCCCUUGUUCCACGCUCUCCUUGUAACCACCCUAUAUUUUGUGUCCCCGUUUUUACUUCUUUUGUUUUACCCUUCUCAUUUCACAUUCUCUGUCUUUACUUUUUUGAUUUUCCAUUACAUAAAUUUCCUUUCAUAUUUCUAAUGGAGAGUUGGAAAUACCAUUUUUCCUUUAAUAUAUAUAUAUAUAUAUAUAUACCUAUGUUCUAAUGACUUGUUAUACUAAAAUGUAUGCAAACAACCUUUUUGUAGGUUUAAUUUAAGAAAAAAUUCGCAUGUACAUUUUCCGACUGCGGUUUUGAUUUUUCCAUCAAUUAUAUUUACCAUCCUUUGUUUGUAUAUACACAUUUAUUUGUUUAUCUAUAUUCUCUUAUCUGUUUCAUUUACCGUGUUAUAAGAGAAUUGUAUGUUCUUUAUUUAUUAAUUCAUGAAUCGAUUUUUGUCUUUGCAUCCUUACCCUUCUUCAUCUUCUUUUUUUUCUUCCUCUUCUUCUUUAUUCUUCUAUGUUUCUGCAUAUAAAACUGUGUUAAUUAUUGUUAUUAUGAUAAAUAUGGUAAUUCAUUUUAUACAAUAGAUAUUUUCAAUUGCGUUUAUUUGACUUUUUUUCAAAUUUAUGCCACAAAAUUACAUCAAUUUAUCAAUUAAUUGGUAAGGUUUUUGUAAAUUUUUACAAUUCAUCAUGUUAAAACCAUAAUAACAGAUGUGUUUUUCAGAGAAAACAUUCAUUCACUACUUAUCUAGUUUUAUAAAAAAGAUUUAAGGUUACUGAGUGUAUGAACUGACCUCUCUGAAGUGUAAUUACUUUUAUCAAAGUAAGAUCGUUUAAUAUGAAAACACUGAUGAACAGUGGAAAACAAACCAGCUUAUUGUAUUCACACCACAACUUUCAGCUUAGUAGUUUUACAAAGUCUUACAUAUCAAGUUAAAAGAGUGGGUUUAUAACAAAAAUCAUAGUAUUUGAAUACGUUUUCGAGAACCACAGAAAAAAAGCCCUGAGUGACGUAAAAUUUGACAAAAAAAUCUCAAUAAACACUAUUCAACAUAAAUUUACAGCAGAUUUACAUAAACAAUAAGGAAUUCUAUAUAUUUCCGCUUUUCUGAAAGAAUUCUAAAGCAUUUAUUGUGUGAGAAAAAGUAAACUACGUAAUAUCAACUUUAUUGCUGAUUUCUGUGAAAUGUCAUAAUGGUUUCUAUAGUGGAAAUAAUGACAUUUGUUCUCUAUUUAACAUGAUGUUUUCAAGUAAAUAUUAUUUCUAUUAAACUUAUGAGAAUCAAGGACACUAAUUAAUGUGAUCCAGUCGAACAAUGAACAAACAAAUUAAUAGAAGAAAUUUGAACAAUUUAAAUUCUUGGUAUAAAUACCUUUUUGACAAAUAGAUAUGUUCAUACCUUAAUGACUGGUUGGAACGCUACUUGUUAUAUCUGGUCGUCGCUGAUUGUUAUGUCGGGAUCGCCUACCACUUAUACUCGAAAUGAGGGACCUCUACAAUUCCCACGAUGCGAAAUUAAGAAUACAAAGACUGGUAUAACUGAAGAUUUAUUAAUCCCCAAAACACGAUCCUAGUCAGAAAUGCACUCAUUUAUAUAUUGAUUGUACACACAUUUUGAUUAAUAAUUAGGAUGAAAUCACAUAUAUAAAAAAGUACUUAGAUUUAUACCAAAUCAUAUGCUGAGCAUAGAUCUUGUCAACAAUGUCGUAUGUUAUACAGAAUAAAAUAUCACAUUGGAAAACAAAAAACCAACGCUACACUGAAUAAUCAUCACAUUCAAACAAAAAACGGAAAUUAUGUUGAAAAAAAACUCCUAAUCUGUAAAUUAAUUAAAUUUUGACUUUUCCUUCUAUCGAAU